UGUUAGUUUCGGGUUAUUAUAUAUAUAUUUUUUCCCAUUGAAUGGUGCAAUGUUUCCCACCUCGUCUCUUAAUAAAAGGCAGAAAAACCUGCUCAUCCUUAUUAAACACAUCCCUUCAACCCACUUUUCGUCUCUGUUUGCCUUUGAGGUGUCUGAAGAGGGGAAAACCCAAAAGAAAAAAGGAAAAAAGAAGGAUCAAUUUUGGUUUUGGGAAUGGAGAAUCAAGGGAAGAAGGUCUUGGUGACCUCCAAUGGGGAUGAGAUUUCGGCGAACAUUGCUUUCCAUUUAGCAAAGCGGGGUUGCAGGCUGGUUUUGAUGGGAAACGAGAGCGCUCUUCGGAAAAUUGCCGAGGAAAUAAUGGGUUCUAUAAAGGGUGCCGCUCCAGUGGAGGUGGUCGGAAUGGAUAUGGAAGAGGAGAAGGAAUCGGUUUUUGAUGAGGCAGUGGGCAGGGCAACGAUGUUGCUAGGCAAGUUGGAUGCUUUGGUUCAUUGCUACUCUUACGAAGGGAAAAUGCAAGAGCCUCUGAAUUUACCUGAAGAUGAGUUCAAAAAGAUCGUGAAAAUAAAUUUCAUGGCCUCAUGGUACCUCUUAAAGGCUGUUGGCAAAAGAUUGAAGGAGCAGAAGUCAGGAGGUUCCAUUGUAUUUUUGUCCUCCAUAAUUGGCAGCGAGAGGGGGCUCUAUCAGGGGGCUGCUGCUUAUGGUUCUUGUUUGGCAGGGGUGCAGCAGUUAGUUAGGCAUGCAGCUCUGGAGAUUGGAAAAUACCAGAUCAGGGUCAAUGCAAUUGCCCGUGGCUUGCACUUGGAUGAUGAAUUUCCAUUGUCAGUUGGGAAGGAGAGGGCAGAGAAGUUGGUGAAAGACGCAGCACCACUCCACAGGUGGCUUGAUGUCAAAAAUGAUCUGGCAUCGACAGUCAUCUAUUUAGUCAGUGAUGGGUCGCGGUACAUGACUGGGACCACCAUAUUUGUUGAUGGGGCUCAGUCUCUGGUAAGGCCGAGGAUGAGGUCUUAUAUGUGAUUCAUAUUUUCCCAGCACAUCUUCAGGAAAGCGCAGUAGGAAUCAUGUGUCGACCUCAAGUACUUGUGUUGAAUACUAGUUCAGAUACUCUGCAAUUGUCCAACAUCUGUUAUGAUCUGUAAUAAUUUUGGGGCCUCCAAAUUUCAUUGAUUACUCUGCAAUGGCAGUUCAUCUGAUGUUCUAGCACCUUCAUGGUUACAUUGUUACCAAUUAUUUAUGAACACAUCCAGCAAUAAAAUUGAAAUAGAUGAAUGGCCUGAUCUUGAAACAA